UAAAACGCCGACUCGUGAUAUCGUCAUAAAACGAAAAAUCAACGCAUUAUAAUAACAGCAGAAAGUACGAAGAAACAAUGAAUACCAUCAAUUUCAAGGUGACGACAACUCCGCUGGGGGAAAAUACCAUCACUUCCGAAACAACUGUCUUUGUUCCCAAGUUCAAGGGAAACAAGGGACCCAAUGACGUGGUCUGCUUCGUUGGAAGUGGCACCGGACUGCAGCCCGACAUCAAGUCGUUUUAUGGCGCUGGAGGUACCAACUGCCAAGCAAAAAAUGGAUGUGGCGUCCAUGUUCAUUCUGGGCUUAGUUGCAAGAAUACUGAAACUCAAGGUUCGUGAAUUCCGUGAUACCCAUUUUUGGCAGCACGCGUUUUACAGAGCUAUUUGCGAGAGAGGAGACGAAUUGGAUUUGACGACGAAUGAUAAAAUAAUAUUAAUGGCAUAACACUCACCACAACUUGUUUUCAUUCUUGAUAUUAUUGUCUAACCUCAGGUGGGCACUGGUACAACAAGGAUGUCUUGAGUGUUGACCCUUGGGCUAUUACCGGAUACGAAAUUACAAGUGCGGCAGGGACUGCAGAUUUUGCGUCUUGUGUCUAUACGGGAUUUGAUGUGGCAACAAACCCAGAUUUGUUGGAGGGACAUGCAUUCAUUGUCCACAACGAGGAUGGAAGCCGUGCGAGCUGUGGCAUUAUUAAGAAGGGAGGGAAACACAACAAGUCGACAAAGAAAACCCGGUUGUAACUGGUACAUCAUGCAGUACUCGUAUUUUUGUAAUUGGUCGUGGUGCAAAGCAAAACUUUAAACGACCAAAUCAUCUAUCCAACCUUCUCCUUAUUGUUCGGUAACUCGCGUGAGAUCUUCUUGGUAGUUGCUCCUAAUUCCUCUCCAUCGCCAUUACGAUCUUCGAUGGACCUACCGUACUACAGUAAAUAAAAUCAAUGUUU